CGGCGAUGUGUUUCAAUGAGAAAGCCCCUUUGUGUGUUGUCAACGUAUAUAAGACAUUUCUGCCGCAGUUUCUGUCUUUGGAAUAAUGUCGGCUGAAUACGAUAAUAGAGACAAUGGCCCAGAGGGCAUGGAGCCAGAUGGGAUCAUUGAGAGCAACUGGAGUCAGAUCGUGGACAGUUUUGAUGAGAUGAGCCUGCGAGAGACUCUGCUCAGGGGAAUUUAUGCCUAUGGUUUUGAGAAGCCUUCUGCCAUCCAGCAGAGAGCCAUUGUCCCUUGCAUCAAGGGUUAUGACGUGAUCGCUCAGGCCCAGUCUGGCACUGGGAAGACUGCCACCUUUGCCAUUUCCAUCCUCCAGCAGAUUGAUGUGGACUUGAGAGACACCCAGGCUCUGGUCUUGGCCCCCACAAGGGAGCUAGCUCAGCAGAUCCAGAAGGUGGUGCUGGCCCUCGGGGACUACAUGGGGGCCAGUUGCUAUGCCUGUAUUGGAGGGACCAGCAUUCGCAGUGAGGUCCAGAAGCUGCAGGCUGAAGCCCCUCACAUUGUGGUGGGAACCCCUGGCCGUGUCUACGACAUGUUAACUCGCAAAAACCUCUCUUCCAAGUCCAUCAAAAUGUUUGUGCUGGACGAGGCUGACGAGAUGCUUAGUCGAGGGUUUAAGGACCAGAUCUAUGACAUCUUCCUCAAACUGUCCAACAGCAUACAGGUUGUCCUACUGUCAGCCACCAUGCCAGCUGAUGUUUUGGAGGUCACGAAGAAGUUCAUGCGUGAACCUGUCCGAAUCCUGGUAAAGAAAGAGGAGCUGACCCUUGAGGGUAUCCGCCAGUUCUACAUCAAUGUGGAGAAAGAGGAGUGGAAGCUGGACACGCUGUGUGACCUGUAUGAAACACUGACCAUCACACAAGCAGUCAUCUUCAUCAACACGAGGAGGAAAGUAGACUGGCUCACUGAGAAGAUGCAUGCCAGAGACUUCACUGUCUCUGCUCUGCACGGUGAUAUGGACCAGAAAGAGAGAGACUUGAUCAUGAGGGAGUUCCGCUCUGGCUCCAGUCGAGUCCUCAUUACCACUGACCUGCUGGCCAGAGGUAUUGAUGUCCAGCAGGUGUCCCUAGUCAUCAACUAUGACCUGCCGACCAACAGAGAAAACUACAUCCACAGGAUUGGUCGGGGUGGUCGUUUUGGCAGAAAGGGAGUAGCCAUCAACAUGGUGACUGAUGAUGACAGGCGAACCCUGAGGGACAUUGAGACGUUCUACAACACCACCAUUGAGGAGAUGCCCAUGAAUGUGGCUGACCUCAUCUAGAAGACUCCACACACCAUUCGUCCACCCUACCCUGCUUAUUUUAGAAGUUGAACCUUGUUUCUUAUACGAUCUGAAUUCUAAGAACUUUCUUUUACUAAAUUCCACCUUGACUUUACACUCUCCAUUUGAAAGGAAGGAGAAAAUGCAGUCAUUAUUCCUUCCCUGUGUUUGAAAUGGGUUUUUGGCCAUCUUGGAAAGAUGCAUUUUUGACCUGCUUCAGCUGCUUGCCAUAGUCUAUUCACUAAAUUCCUUUUGCAGUAAAUCCCUGUCCUCAAAAGUAAAGCAUUAAUUUGAACAUUUUCAUACUGAUGUUUUGCAGAGUAAGACCUUUAACUUAAGUGAGUUUCUAACUUGGUCUCACAUUUGCAAAAAACCAUGUUUCCAAAAACAGAAUUUUAAAGUGACAAAGUUGAUGUUUAAAAGUAUACUAGUUCUGACGGUUAGCAAAAGCUUAACAUGAAAAUAGUAACAUGGCUCAAUUGAUUACAUGCACAAUGCUAACUGGAAGAUAAUUGAAGCUUUUGUAAAAUGUGGCUGUGAUUUGUACCUGCAGUUUCCCCAGGUGCUGCACUGCUUAGACUGCAGUUAAGUUUGGAUUCGACACACCCAUAGUCUAAAGAAAUGGGAAGUGCUGCAUUUGAACCAGAUCAGUAUUUAAACAACUUUAACACACAUCCAUGAUCAUGUUAAGAACAGGUUUUGGGGCUAGAGCACACAGGGCAUACUCAAUAAAAGACUUGUAUAGUAAAAUCCGUCAUGAAUGAGUUGUUUACCGUUUUGAUCCUUUUACUGCUGUUUCAUACAUAUAUUUUCUAUUGCUUUUGUACAUACUGCUUGACUUGUACAGUCAUUUGUGCAGUUUGAAGUCUGACUGGUGGAUACAGAUGUUUGGAGGAAACCGACGGUGAGUUCUGUGGAGACUUUGCCUCUCGACCCUGACAACCUGGUUGGGUUUUCAUCUCUCACUGACAUUUUUGUUUUUAUUUUUAAACUACAUAUUGGCUUUUAGAUCAGGUGGUGGUGACUUUUUGUAACCUACCUCACCAAAUUUUUUUUUUUUUUUUCUGGGAAGGGGGGGGGGGUCGUCUGACAUGAAAGGACCAAACUGCAAAUGAAAUAUCAAUUCCUAUUCCCCAAAUGUCUGCUCUUUCUAAGCGCUCAUAUUAAAAUGCCUGUCAUGGGUUUGGUGUCUGGUUUAGGAGAACUGUCAUGUUUGGGGUGUAUAGUUAGUGCUAUUUUUUAAAAUGAAUUUACGGAAUUGUUAACCUUUUUAAGACAGAAGCAGUGUAUCAAGUUUUCUACAUUGGAUUCUGUAUAGUAUUUAUUUUAAUGGUCUUCAACAAAAAAAUAAAGGUUUCUCCUUUUAACAGUGUAAA